GGGAGCGCGCGGCGGGCGGCCCAGGGACGGUCGGUCGGGAAGCGCGUGCGGCUCGCUGGCUGGUGGACGGCGUGAGCGCUGCGGGUCGCAGUCGGCGUGGACACCUGCGACCCGCGGAGGGACCUGGCUCGAAGACCUCCCCUGCCUCAGAAUGGGACCCUGGCUCCUACCUCGUUUCCUGGGAGCCAGCCAGUGACAGCUCUCUGUGGGGAUGCCUGGGAACCAGCAGAAACCAGAGUCUUCAGAGAUGGACUCCGAUGUGUCGCUGAACUGUGGGCUCAGUGACUUGAGCAGAGGUGGCAGUCUGGAGAGCCGGAGCAGCAGUUCACGGUCCAGAAGCUUCACUUUGGAUGAUGAGAGCCUGAAGCACCUCACACAUGAGGAAAAGGACGUCAUCCUAUUCUUUGAAGAGACUCUCGAUUCCCUGGAAUAUGACUUUGAUGAGCCAGCCCUGUGUGACAGUGGCAUUCAUUGCCACUCUCCACAGUCUCUGGAAGAGAGCCCUUCCAGUCACUCAGAGCCUGAAGAUGUCAUCGAUUUAGUACAGCAAGGACCCGCGCCUGGGAAAGCUGAGAGCCUUCCAGAUGGGCCUCAAGCAGCAGGGGCCCCAUCUGUUGCAAAACAGACUGCUCCUGUUCUUGAAGGUGAGGAACAAGCCGCUGAGAAUUCCCUGCCACUGCCAGACUCCAGGGAUUCGGAGGUGUUUCCUCUGCCGCCCUCCCUGCCUGUCCUAGCACCUUCUGCUGCGCGAAAGGAGCUGAUCUCCUCCUCUCCUCCGGCAGAACAUCCCAAACUGCCCCGAUCCGUGCCCACUCCUCUGGUGAUUGCACAGAAAAUUUCUGAGAAGUUGGCGGGAAAUGAAGCCCUGUCUCCCACGUCCCCCUUGAAGGAGGGCAGGCCUGGAGAAUGGAGGACGCCAACUUCUAUAGCCUCUCGAAAUGGGGACCAUCUGGGCGUGUGGCACCGACACGCGGCCCAGCCGGCGCCCAAGGUCCACCGCUUCCCCAGCAAUAUAAGCGUCACCAACAGCGCGGGCAAGGACUUCAACAAGACCAUCUCCAAGGCAGCUGUCAAUGUGCAGGAGCGCAAGGCCCAGGUCCUGGCUAACAUCAACGGCAUGUCCUUCAUCACCGCGGGCGACGCGUCGUUGGAAGAGCGGUGGCAGAAGGCGGAGGAAGAGAGGGGCAGCUCUGUGGAUGGGGUGCGCCCCCAGAACAGGGCGGCCAUGGCUGUCGAGCCCGGGGUGCCACGUGCGGGAGGUCCUGCCAGGGCGCAGCAAUCCCGGGCUGUGCAGACGGAGCAGCCACCAGCACUGGUCAACGGCUUCCAGAGCGUUCACGAGGCCCUGCGCAGCGAACCCAGUGCCUUCGUCCCCACCAGCAAGACCAUCACCUUCCGGCCAGGCCCUGCUGUAGCCGGCAAGCUGGCACGCCAGAAUGCCAGCCGCAGCCUGUACGAGCCGCGCCUGGAUGGCAGCCAGGAUGCCCGCAAGCGCACAGGCUCGCUCCCCCGGGCCGUGGGCUUCCGGCCACAGGGCAUCACAGUGCAGUUCUCAGGCCGCGGCUCCACGGAGGAAGCCCGGCGCGAGGCCCUGCGCAAGCUCGGGCUGCUGAAGGAGAACUUGUGAGGGCCACUGGCGGGACUGCCGGAGUAGGCAUAGACCUUGUAUGUCUGCUCUUGGGUGUCCUGUUCUGUAAGCACAGGAGCCAGGUGACUUCUGCCCCAACCACUGCGCCCAGUGCAGCAUUGCAUCAGAGGCCCCAGAGCAAGGACCAGGCCCUCUGAGUUUUCCUUUCCUGGAGUCCCGGAAUAACUUUUAGGACCUGUGGGCUUCCAUGACUGCAUAGGCCC